AUGAAGGGAGAUCCUAAUAAGUGCAAUAAGAAUAAGUAUUGCCACUUCCAUAGAGAUCACGGGCAUGACACGGACGAGUGUUAUGAUUUGAAGCAGCAGAUAGAGAAUCUCAUCAGGCAGGGAAAGUUGAGGAAUUUUCUUGGAGGAGAUCAUAAGGACGAGAAGUUAAAAGGAAAGGUAGAAAAGCCAUCACAGCCCUCACUUGGAGAAAUAAGAGUGAUUAUAGGAGGAACUUCAGUAAGACAAUCUUCCAAGUCAAGGAAGACUUAUCUGAAAGUGGUGCAAAACGUCCAACUCUCUGGACAACUGCCAAGGAUGAGGGGGGCAAACGAACAGGCUAUUACUUUCAUGGAUAAAGAUCCUAGAAGGAUUCAUCACCCAUGUGAUGAUGCAAUUGUCUUAACUUUGCUCAUUGUAGAUUACACGACUAGAAAGGUGUUGAUAGAUAAUGGGAGUUUAGCAAAUAUCCUAUAUUACCCCGCCUUCUAG